AUGGUACUCGCUGAUCUUGGUCGAAAAAUUACCAAUGCUCUCCGUAAUUUGAGUAAUGCUACAAUUAUUAAUGAACAAGUAUUGACUGAAGCAUUGGGUGAAAUAUGUCGGGCAUUAUUAGAAGCCGAUGUCAAUGUUCUUCUUGUGAAACAACUACGUGAGAAUGUCAAGCAAGCAAUCAAUCUAAGUGAAACAGCUGUUGGUCUAAAUAAACGUCGAUUAAUUCAAUCAGCUGUUGUCAAAGAAUUAGUUCGUCUUAUCGAUCCAGAAGUUAAAGCAUGGCAACCAGUGAAAAACAAACCAAACAUUGUUAUGUUUGUUGGUUUACAAGGAAGUGGAAAAACAACAACGUGUACCAAAUAUGCGUAUCAUUAUAUGAAACGUGGUUGGAAAACGGCUUUGGUUUGUGCUGAUACGUUUCGUGCUGGUGCUUUUGAUCAAUUGAAACAAAAUGCUACGAAAGCUCGAAUACCAUUUUAUGGAAGUUAUACAGAAAGUGAUCCACUUGUCAUUGCCAUGGAUGGUGUUGAGACAUUCCGUAAAGAUAAUUUUGAACUAAUUGUUGUUGAUACAAGUGGACGACAUGCUCAAGAAGAAACAUUAUUCGAAGAAAUGUUGCAAAUAUCUAACGGAAUUCAACCUGAUAAUAUCAUAUUCGUUAUGGACGCAAGUAUUGGUCAGGCUUGUGAGUUACAGGCUCGAGCAUUUAAAUCAAAAGUCGAUGUUGGCUCAGUUAUUGUUACAAAAUUAGAUAGUCAUGCCAAAGGUGGUGGUGCAUUGAGCGCUGUUGCUGCUACAAAGAGUCCAAUUAUAUUUAUCGGAACUGGAGAACAUAUUGACGAUUUCGAAGCAUUCAAAACAAAACCAUUCAUUAGCAAAUUGCUUGGUAUGGGUGAUAUACAGGGACUUGUAGAAAAAGUAAAUGAUUUAAAACUAGAAGAUAAUGAAGAACUGAUUGAAAAAUUAAAACAUGGUCAGUUUACAUUACGUGAUAUGUAUGAACAGUUUCAAAACAUCAUGAAAAUGGGACCAUUUGGUCAAAUAAUGGGUAUGAUACCUGGUUUUGGUACGGAAUUUAUAUCAAAAAGUGGUGAACAAGAAUCACAAGCUAGAUUAAAAAAGAUGAUGUGUAUUAUGGACAAACUUGAUCAUUUGGAUGGUGCAAAAUUAUUCAAAACACAAAGUGGCCGAUGUGCACGUGUAGCAAGAGGAGCUGGUGUCUCUAUACGUGAUGUCAAUGAUCUAAUUACACAAUAUUCCAAAUUUGCCCAAAUGGUGAAAAAAAUGGGUGGCAUCAAAGGAUUAUUUAAACGUACGUCUGGCAAGUCGAAUUCUAAAGAGUCUGGUGACAUGACCAAAAACGUUAAUCAAACACAAAUCGCCAAAUUAAACAGUCAAAUUGGAAAACUUAUUGAUCCUAGAAUAUUGCACCAGAUCGGUGGUAUGGGUGGUUUAUCAACAAUGAUGCGUCAAUUUCAACAAGGCGGCGCCGGUGGUUUGGGUAAAAUGCUUGGCACGGAAAAAUGA